AUUGUGCACACAAAAAGUACGCAAUGGAAAACUCCUUACCAUCUGAGUUAAACUUCAGUGGACGAUUUGCGAUUACAAUAACAACAAAAUAGUGGUGUUGUUUUCUGAAUCACCGCCGUCAUGCCACUGUUGUAUAGUGUAAUAUCCCGUGGAACGACCGUUCUAGCCAAAUAUGCUGAAUGUGUUGGCAAUUUUGCUGAAGUAACCGAACAAAUAAUGACGAAAAUCUCAUCUGACAAUCAUAAAUUGACCUAUUCGCAUGGAAGCUAUCUCAUUCAUUACAUUUGCGAGGAUCGAAUUAUUUACAUGUGCAUUACAGAUGAUGAGUUUGAAAGAGCGCGAGCGUUUCUAUUCCUCACGGACAUUAAGCGAAGGUUUAUCUCAUCGUACGGUUUACAAGCCGCUACGGCUAUUGCUUAUGCUAUGAAUACUGAAUUUUCGAGAACGCUGGCAUCUGAAAUGAAACAUUACAGUGAGUCGAGAGAGGUGGACGCUAUAUCUCGAGUUCAUGGACAGAUUGAUGAACUCAAGGACAUUAUGGUGAAGAAUAUAGAAAAUGUGACCGCACGCGGUGAACGUGUAGAACUUCUCGUCAACAAAACGGAAAACCUGCGUAAUACUUCAGUAUCGUUUCGUAAGACUUCACGUAAUUUAGCACGGGCUAUGUUCUGGAAGAACAUUAAACUGUAUGUGCUGGUCGGAACCAUUGUCUUAUUUAUUGUAUAUGUGAUCAUCAGUAUGGCUUGUGGUGGUUUAGCAUGGCAAAGUUGCAUACAUAAAAGUUAAAGUAUUUUUUUAUAUAUAAAAUCAAACUAUUUUUAUUGAUAGCCUUUCGUUUCCUUUCCGUUUUUCUUUUUAAUUAUACGCAAUCCGAUCGUGUUAACUGAAUAAAAAAAAUAUUUUCUCGUUAAAAGUUGAAAGCAAAAACAUAAAUUGUGGUUGAGUAAAUCGAUGAUGAUAAUGCAGUAAAAAUUUGUAUAAUAAAUUGGUCGAAAUUUGUUUACCUGUAGUCAUUCAAGUGAUGGAAAUUUUUUCUUUUAUCAUGAGAUUAAAUUACAACCUAGAAUGUUAAUAAACUUAUCCAAUAAA